CUGUGGGGCCGCCAGCCCCCCCGAGGAGGAGGUUUGGCUCAGUAGUAGUUAAGGUGGACUAGUUUUCUUAGCGGAGGUGCGGAGUUUGUGACUCAGGACUGGCGUGGAGGAGCCGCUGAAUGGGAGCAGUAACUGGAUUCGUGUGAGACCAACGCAGGCCACCCAGACUACCUACCACUGUCCAUCUUUUUGACUUUUUUUCUUUUUUUUUUUUUUUUGGGACGUUUUGGGCACACACAGGAGAAAAGACCCCCUCUCUCCUGCGGCUGUCCCCUUCCCCUUUCCUUCCUCACGGAUUCUCCAGACAGAGAAAUCACCCAGACAUGGCUCAGAUAUUACCGAUACGGUUUCAGGAACAUCUGCAGUUGCAGAACCUGGGGGUGAACCCAGCCAACAUCGGCUUCAGCUAUCUGACCCUGGAGUCGGACAAGUUCAUCUGCAUCAGGGAGAAGGUGGGCGAGCAGAACCAAGUGGUGAUAGUGGACUUGUCCGACCCCACCAAUCCCAUCAGGAGGCCCAUCUCUGCCGACAGUGCCAUCAUGAACCCCGCCAGCAAGGUCAUCGCCCUGAAAGACGCUGCCAAGACGCUGCAGAUCUUCAACAUUGAGAUGAAGAGUAAGAUGAAGGCCCACACCAUGACGGACGAGGUCAUGUUCUGGAAGUGGAUAUCGGUCAACACCGUUGCCUUGGUGACGGACACAGCCGUCUAUCACUGGAGCAUGGAGGGAGAUUCCCAACCGAUCAAAGUGUUCGACCGGCACGCCAGCUUGGUGGGAUGUCAGAUCAUAAACUACAGAACUGACGACCAGCAGAAGUGGUUACUGCUGAUCGGGAUUUCUGCUCAGCAAAACCGUGUUGUUGGGGCGAUGCAGCUGUAUUCUGUUGACAGGAAAGUUUCCCAACCCAUUGAAGGCCAUGCUGCUGCCUUUGGGGAGUUCAAAGUGGAGGGAAAUGCCAAGCCCUCCACUCUCUUCUGCUUCGCCGUGCGCUCACAGGCUGGGGGAAAGUUACACAUCAUAGAAGUUGGCCAGCCAGCUACGGGAAACCAGCCAUUUGCUAAGAAAGCAGUCGAUGUGUUCUUCCCACCAGAGGCCCAGACAGACUUUCCUGUAGCGAUGCAGAUUGGCAACAAACACGGUGUAAUAUAUUUGAUUACAAAGUACGGUUACAUUCACCUGUAUGACCUGGAGUCUGGAGUGUGUAUCUACAUGAACCGAAUCAGUGCAGAAACCAUCUUUGUCACUGCCCCUCACGAGGCCACCUCAGGAAUCAUCGGUGUCAAUAAGAAGGGACAGGUGUUGUCCGUGUGUGUGGAAGAGGAAAACAUUGUCAACUAUGCCACCAACGUCCUGCAGAACCCCGAUCUGGCUUUGAGGAUGGCUGUGAGGUCAAACUUGGCCGGAGCGGAGGAACUUUUUGGCAGAAAAUUCAACACUCUGUUUGCCCAGGGAAGUUAUUCAGAGGCCGCAAAGGUUGCAGCAUCAGCACCUAAGGGUAUCCUCCGGACCGCAGAAACUAUUCGUAAAUUUCAGAGUGUUCCCGCCCAGCCGGGUCAAGCCUCCCCGCUCUUGCAGUACUUCGGCAUUCUUUUGGACCAGGGCCAACUCAACAAGUUCGAGUCUCUGGAGCUGUGCAGGCCCGUCCUGCAACAGGGCCGCAAACAGCUUCUGGAGAAAUGGUUGAAGGAGGACAAGCUGGAAUGCUCGGAGGAGCUGGGAGACUUGGUGAAGGCGUCCGACCCCACCCUGGCUCUGAGUGUGUAUCUCAGAGCCAAUGUCCCCAACAAGGUCAUCCAGUGCUUCGCAGAGACUGGCCAGUUUCAGAAGAUUGUACUGUAUGCUAAAAAGGUUGGCUACACCCCAGACUGGGUGUUUUUGCUGAGGAAUGUGAUGCGUGUCAAUCCAGACCAGGGGCUGCAGUUCGCUCAGAUGCUGGUCCAGGACGAGGAGCCGCUGGCCAACAUAAACCAGAUUGUAGAUGUGUUUAUGGAGGGCAGCCUGAUCCAGCAGUGCACCUCCUUCCUAUUAGACGCUUUAAAGAACAACCGCCCCGCAGAAGGACAUCUACAGACACGUUUGCUUGAGAUGAACCUCAUACAUGCCCCCCAGGUGGCAGAUGCGAUCCUGGGGAACCAGAUGUUUACACACUAUGACCGUGCUCAUGUUGCUCAGUUGUGCGAGAAAGCAGGACUGCUGCAAAGAGCUCUGGAACACUACACCGACCUGUAUGAUAUCAAACGAGCAGUGGUGCACACACAUCUGCUCAACACUGAGUGGUUGGUGAACUUCUUCGGCUCCCUGUCGGUGGAAGACUCUCUGGAGUGCUUGAGGGCGAUGCUGUCGGCGAAUAUCAGGCAGAACCUGCAGCUGUGUGUUCAGGUAGCGUCCAAGUAUCACGAACAGCUGGGAACUCAGGCAUUAGUGGAGCUCUUCGAGUCCUUCAAGAGUUACGAGGGCUUGUUUUACUUCCUCGGGUCAAUCGUAAAUUUCAGCCAGGAGCCUGAUGUUCACUUUAAAUACAUCCAGGCUGCCUGUAAGACCGGCCAGAUCAAGGAAGUGGAGAGAAUCUGCAGGGAGAGCAACUGUUACGACCCGGAGAGGGUCAAAAACUUCCUCAAGGAGGCGAAGCUCACAGACCAGCUGCCUCUCAUCAUCGUGUGCGAUCGCUUUGACUUCGUCCAUGACUUGGUGCUUUACUUGUACCGCAACAAUCUGCAGAAAUACAUUGAAAUCUACGUACAGAAGGUGAACCCCAGUCGUUUACCGGUGGUGAUAGGCGGCUUGCUGGAUGUGGAUUGUUCAGAGGAUGUGAUCAAGAACCUGAUCAUGGUGGUCAGAGGGCAGUUUUCUACAGACGAGCUGGUGGAGGAGGUAGAGAAGAGGAACAGGUUGAAACUUCUGCUGCCAUGGCUGGAGUCUCGUAUCCAUGAAGGAUGCGAGGAGCCAGCUACCCACAAUGCCCUGGCCAAGAUCUACAUAGACAGCAACAACACGCCCGAGCGCUUCUUGAAGGAGAACCCGUUCUACGACAGCGCCGUGGUGGGACGCUACUGUGAGAAGAGAGAUCCCCACCUGGCCUGCGUGGCCUACGAGAGAGGACAGUGUGACCUGGAGCUCAUCAAAGUGUGUAAUGAGAAUUCAUUAUUCAAGAGUGAAGCUCGGUAUCUGGUACGACGGAAAGAUCCAGAGCUGUGGGCGAAUGUGUUGGAAGAAAACAAUCCUUUCAGGCGUCCCCUCAUCGACCAGGUGGUCCAGACUGCACUGUCUGAGACGCAGGACCCAGAAGAAGUGUCGGUCACUGUGAAGGCCUUCAUGACUGCUGACCUGCCCAACGAGCUGAUCGAGCUGCUGGAGAAGAUCGUACUGGAUAACUCCGUCUUCAGCGAACACAGAAACCUCCAGAAUCUCCUUAUUUUGACAGCCAUCAAAGCAGACCGCACUCGUGUGAUGGAAUACAUCAAUAGACUGGACAACUACGAUGCUCCAGACAUCGCAAACAUUGCAAUCAGCAACGAGCUUUUCGAAGAAGCAUUUGCCAUUUUCAAAAAGUUUGACGUCAACACCUCAGCCAUACAGGUACUGAUCGAGCACAUUGGGAACUUGGAUCGUGCCUACGAGUUUGCCGAGCGCUGCAAUGAGCCUGCGGUGUGGAGCCAGUUAGCCAGAGCUCAGCUACAGAGAGACCUGGUCAAGGAGGCUAUUGACUCCUACAUUAAAGCCGUGGACCCGUCGGCGUACAUGGAGGUGGUCAACGCUGCCAGCAAAAACAAUAACUGGGAGGACUUGGUGAAAUUCCUCCAGAUGGCUCGAAAGAAAGCCAGAGAGUCGUAUGUGGAGACGGAGCUCAUCUUCGCUUUGGCUAAAACCAACCGUCUUGCAGAACUGGAAGAAUUCGUCAGUGGACCCAACAAUGCUCACAUCCAGCAGGUGGGCGAUAGGUGCUACGAGGAAGGCAUGUACGAGGCGGCGAAACUCUUGUACAACAACGUGUCCAACUUCGCCCGACUUGCAUCCACAUUGGUCCACCUGGGAGAGUACCAGGCGGCCGUGGACAGCGCCAGGAAGGCCAACAGCACACGCACAUGGAAGGAGGUGUGUUUCGCCUGUGUUGACGGAGAGGAGUUUCGGCUGGCGCAGAUCUGCGGCCUUCACAUCGUGAUUCACGCCGACGAGCUGGAGGACUUGAUCAGCUACUACCAGGACCGCGGGUACUUCGAGGAGCUCAUUGCUCUGCUUGAGGCCGCGUUGGGCCUGGAGCGGGCUCACAUGGGUAUGUUCACCGAGCUCGCCAUCCUCUACUCGAAGUUCAAACCCCAGAAGAUGCGGGAGCACCUGGAGCUCUUCUGGUCCCGAGUCAACAUCCCCAAGGUCCUCCGUGCAGCAGAGCAGUCUCAUUUAUGGGCAGAGUUGGUUUUCCUGUACGACAAAUACGAGGAGUACGACAACGCCGCGAUCACGAUGAUGACUCAUCCAACAGACGCGUGGAAAGAAGGGCUCUUCAAGGACAUCAUCGCGAAGGUUGCUAAUGUGGAGUUGUAUUAUAAAUCUCUUUCAUUCUACCUGGAUUACAAACCCCUCCUACUGAAUGACCUGCUGACCAUCUUGUCCCCUCGGUUGGACCACAGCCGAGCCGUCUCCUACUUUACCAAGGUGAACCAGCUGAAGCUGGUGAAGCCGUACCUGAGGUCUGUCCAGAACCACAACAACAAGUCGGUCAACGAAGCUCUCAACAACCUGCUGACAGAGGAGGAGGACUACCAGGGUCUGAGAGCCUCCAUUGACGCUUAUGAUAACUUUGACACGAUCGGCCUGGCUCAGAGGUUGGAGAAACAUGAACUGAUUGAGUUCAGGCGCAUUGCUGCUUAUCUGUAUAAGGGAAACAACCGAUGGAGACAGAGUGUGGAGCUCUGCAAGAAGGACAAACUCUACAAGGAUGCCAUGCUGUAUGCUGCGGAGUCUAAAGAGGCUGAGCUGGCCGAGACGCUGCUGCAGUGGUUCCUGGAGGAGGACAGGAAGGAGUGCUUCGCGGCCUGCCUGUUUGCCUCCUAUGACCUGCUGCACCCCGACGUGGUGCUGGAGCUGGCCUGGAGGCACAACAUCAUGGACUUCGCCAUGCCAUACUUCAUCCAAGUCAUGAGAGAGUACCUCACCAAGGUUGAUGAGUGUGCAGCGAAGGUGACGGUGGAUAAACUGGAAGAGGCAGAAAGCCAAAGGAAAACAGAAGAGGAGGUGGCAGAGCCUCAGCCGAUGGUGUUCGGCCAGCAGCUGAUGUUGACUGCCUCUCCCAGUCAAGUGGCUCCCCAGCCAGCGUACCCCGGCUACGGAUACCCAGCUACUGCUGCAGGCUUUCCCGCUCAGCCCGCUUACGGCUUCAACAUGUAGAGCUCCCGUCCCCCCCCCCCCCCCCCCCCCCCCCCCCGCCCCCCUCCCUUGCUCACGCUCACCCGGACCUGAACCACACUUUAACAUGCUGCUCUGGGUCUCUGCUGGCUAAGUGACUGCACGGACAGACCUCCCCCCAAUUCUCCCCCGGGUCAUCAUUUACCAGCGAGGCUCCACUCUAGUUCACUGAAACUGCUACAGAACCCCCCCCCCCUCGUCCACAGCUACUUUAGAAGGGCGGCGUCCAUCAAGGCUGUUCUCUCUGCCUUUUUCAUGAGGACUUUAUUCCUGCAUCACCAGUGUUCCACAGCAUGAAGUCCUAGAAGAAUCAACAUGUGGAAGAUAGCGUUAGCUGCACCCAACCACUCUCCUGGCAAUGUUCCCACGUAGGCUUUGUUAAGCGUAGAGUCUCCUUUCCUCUUUGUUUUUCCGUUUUCCUUUCAGCACUGACGAAGAGACUUUCCUGAGGAGUGGACGGGGUGUCGCCCCGUUCCUCCUGAAGCACUGUUAAGGCCUUACAUUCUCUGCCGAGGCGACGGAAACGGACUCAUUUCUUCAUGUUUGAUCUCACAACUGUCUCGUGCUCUGAUUAGAAAGACAGUGAUUGUGCAAUAGUUUCCUUUUUUUUGUUGUUGUUUUGCCCCAUCCACUACAGGUACGGAGUGUUUGUGGUAUUACAGCCUAAGAACACUUGUUUCAUGAGGUCUGCUUGUGCGUGUGUGUGUGUGUGUGGCUGUGUGCCUUCGUCGGAUGCGUCACAGAAACUCAAGAGAUUUUUCAGCCGCAUUUUUCUGAGUGGUUGAUCUGGUCAGUCGACUCUCUGGGCCCCCGGCGUCGCACUUCUGGAGCAUCGGGACGGUUGUGACAAGAAGACAAAAGAAAUAGCGAACGCAGAGGAAAUGGUAAACGCUGUAGACUGUGCAUGUGCCGCCAAACUAUAAUGCUGCAACCAGGAGCACAAUUUUCAUGUUACACUCGAGUAUAUCAAGUAUUACUAAUGUUGUGUCCAAAACUAAGUGAAACUUUCUCACCAGACUAACAAAAUGUGGUGACGAAGCUCCAGCAGACUUUUGGGGGGUCUAGUUGGAAACUGCAGGGGGACUUGAGCUCACUUCCUGGUGCCAGCUGGUAAAAAUGAAUAUUGUUCUGAAAACAGUGUAUAAUUUAAAUAUAUUGAAAUACCUAACUAAUCAAAGAAGUCAAAUAUUAUGGAAAACCGUAUGUAUUGUCUAUAGUGUGUUGUUGUAGUCUUGAAAAGUAUAAUGAUUUUUGUAAGAAAAUGACAAAAAUGCAAAAACAGCAGGUUAAUAAAAACGGCAAAGUCUUGCGAGGCAGAGCUGCUCAAAGUGGUGACAGAUCAGUUAUUGUUCACUGUGCUGUCUGACCUCCCCCUGACCCCCCCCCCCCCCCCCUGACCUCUGUCCCGUUGUGGUCUCAGCUUUAGAUUUAAGCGCAAAAAAAAAUCUGAGCUGCGUACAAAGCACUCCCUUUAUCUGCACAAGUCAUGCAUCCAGAACGAGGAAUAAAGUUUACACACAG